CCCUAAUUGAAUCAUAGUUCGCGCUAUGAUAGGUCUGGAUUGCAGCGAUGGAGAUGAUCGCUUGUAAGUCUUCUGGGUUCGGGAUACGUCAUCGGAGGCAGGUGUGUUUGGUCUCUAACUCUCUGAAUCGCUCACUUUAGGGUACGAUUGAAGCAAUUUUUUAGUCGCCUUCAGUAGAGAGCCAUGAACAAUUUGGUGAAAGGUGUGAAAAGGAGUCGCGAGGAAGAAAAUGAGACUUCUACUACUACUGACAGGUUGAGCCAUCUUCCACGCUUCAUUAUACAUCACAUCCUUUCGUUUCUUGACGCCAAAUCGGCCGUCCAAACCUCUGUAUUGUCUCGAGUGUGGAGGUGCGCCUGGAAAUAUGUCCCUGUCCUCAGCUUUCACCGUGAUUCCUUCGAAAAGUAUUCGAGUUUCCUGAAGUAUGUCGACAGGGUUUUGUCUCUCCGGUUUCGAUUGGAUGUCCGCACUGUAUCCUUCAUUGAUGGCGAGAAGUCGCCGGAAAGAACUUUUUUCCCGUUUGCAAAGGUCAUCAAGUAUGCAUUGUCCCACGAGGCUCAGCAUCUGGUUAUUGACCUGCAGAAUGGAGAGUAUAUCUAUGAAACUUUCAGGUUCUGCUAUUUGUUUGGUAUGAACUUGAAUUGCAACCUCAAGACGCUUAAACUACGACGUGUCUCGGUGGAUACUAGAUUCGAUUUUUCUGGAUUUCAGAUGCUCAAUGAUCUGAAUUUGGAGCAGUGCUUGCUUUGCUCUCUUGAUGAUGAGAAUGUGGAUCCUUUUGCUGGCUUUCCCUGUUUGAAGAAUUUGGUCUUGACUCAGUGUCUCCACACUGAUUUUGCUGAUGGCGUGGGUAACAGGAGUUUCAAGAUAUCUGGACUCCAGUUGCUAAGCCUGAAAUUAGACUGUCUGUUGUCUUUGAAGAUCGAAAUAUGUGCACCAAAGCUUGAAUUCUUCGCACUUGUGCAUGACUUGGAAUUCCUGAAUUUCUCCAACUUAAGCAUUCCUUCCCUCGUACAUGCUGAUAUUCGGGUCUCUGACGAGGAAAAAACGAUUGGGCUUGACAAGGAGCGCAGGAUGCAGCAUUUGAUCGCCUUGUUACAUGGUUUGAAUAAUGCAACAUCUCUCAAGCUGGAUAACUACACCAUCCAGGUAUUGUGCAAUAUUGAUACCGAGUUUCUGGAGCAGCAAACCUCGCCAUUUACGAAAUUGAAGUCCUUGAAGGUGGGAGCUGUCGCUGUUCCCAGCGCACUGCUUGGUUACUUUCUGAAAGGCUCUUCUAUGGCGACACCAAAUGUCGAGUACGGAUAUGUAUAAUGCAUUGGUUAACCAUUUUGACAUAGCUUCUGAUAGGGCUCUCACAGUAGUACGGCGUCUUUUCUUUCUUACUUUCCAUGUUGAUUAGGAAUAGCUCGAGUUUAUCUAGUUAAUUCAUGAAACCUUCUCUCUUUUAUGUACUGCACUAUUCGUUCCUGAAGGAUAUAGCAUUUUCGGCUCGGCAACAUGUUUCCAAUGCUAGAUAUUUUGAGCUUCAGUCAUGUCACAACUGCUUAAUUGAGGUUUAUGAUUGCAGACUUGCAGUCUUCAAUAGGGAAGUACAGGCGGAUCUUUCGACACUGCUGUUUCUUUUCUUUUCUUUUUUGUUGCUGCCCCUAGAUGACAAUAAUGUGUGUUUCAAGUU